CCCUAAGCCUUGAAGAAUCCUAGCAGAGUACAAACAACAACCACCAAAUAGUCGCCAGCUUAUUAUGUACUUGCUCGUAUUCAUACAUGAUAAUCAAAAUGAGAUGGCAUUGAGGCUGAACAAAAUUGCCCUCGGUGCCCAGAACUGAUCCGGGGGCGGUGCUCGUUGGCCUCGGGUGCGGGCGACUUGUUGUAAUUCAGCUGACGGGAUCUUGCUUGAUAAUAGGUAUUGAAUUCUGAUCAUCUACGCGUCGUUUCGUUAGCCCUACGUUUUGAAACUACGAGGCAAUCCAUGGAUCUGAAGGCCUACAUACCUACAUACUCUGCCGCAUUCAUGCUUUAUCUUCACUUACCCUAGCUCCUAGCCAGAUUAUAUACAAAAUAACGCAGUUAAAUGUUCGAGAUGGGAUAUUUCUCAUUUACAAUCCCUCCAUAACUACCUACCUAACCUACCAACUUCCUUACGAAUGUGAUUACCACGUCUGUUUACUCCUUUUUGGGGUCGUCUUUCCUAGGUCAUGCCAGCGCUUCCUUCGACCUUACUACUAAAUACCAUCGCCGGUCGAAACGGAACGCUCGAGUCUGCUAUUGUCCUGGCUUCUAAUGCUACUAAUGCUGCCAACACAGACGAAAUUGUCCAGGUCAUCUGCGCUUGGCCGGUGUCAGGGCAGUAUGGACCGGGAUCGAGGGUUUUAUACUAUGUCCUCGUAGCAGCUUGUGUGUUUGCUCGAAAAGCAGAGUGGCUUAGGAACGCUUGUCUAGCAGCUGCGUUGAUCUUCCCUGCCGUCGCGGCUCUUCAUGGCAUUGUUCUCGCCGCAGUACACGUAGACACUGCUGUUGAUAUGGACAUCUAUGGGGCCUUUCAGUUUUGCUCGAUUGGAAUACUAGCGGCUCCAUUGUCAGUCAGGAUAUCCCGAACCUAUUUCGAAAACCCUGGCCGGAACAUCAUCUUUCUCUGGACUGGCAUUGUUCUCGCUGGUCUACUUAGUUUAAUAGUCGAGUUCUUCCGGACUACAACAUCACCUUGCACCCACGACGAGUCAGGCCACCCAAUUCCUCUUCAUGACUAUAAGAAUUUCCCCUACGAGAAUGCUUUUUGUAACCUCACCUGCUCCAUCGACAAAGGACCUUCGUCUCCCCUACGGCAAGGGGCCACGAAUGAAAUCUACGUCAUACCAGCACCGAGCAGACUUGCGUUCAAUGCCGUUACGCUUCUCGCAGCAGCUUGUUGUAUCCCCGCUGUCCUCUCGCUCGUGUCAAUGUGGAAUAAAAUUCUCGAGAUUAACUGGAAGUCAAGGUUCGGCCCAGCAAAAGGGGACCAGCUGAUUGAAGGGACGAAUGGCGCCACCGUCGAGACGAUGAGUAAAGUCAAUCACGUCGUCAGGCUUUUCUUAAGCACCCUAGAGGUUCCUUUGUUCAGCGCUGCAGUAGUUGCUAUCAUCAUAUUCGGCGAAUUAAACUUCUUCAGCCCUGAAGUCUCAUACCAGACUGAACCAAUAGGUAGCAUAGGACAGUGGGCACCCCUUGUCGGUACCGGACUUGCUGCGUUAGGAUCUCUUUACAUGCUUCUAGCGGUAGAUUUAGAAGCUGUGAGGAAGGAUGCGAACCUGAUAGGUCCUAUUCAUCACUGCAAUUGCUCGCGCCAUCACUUCGAUGGCGGACAGCCUACUAGACCUAGAGACAGCUCUUCUCUACGAAGCGGGGACAUUGAAAUCAUACACUGCGAUGACAUUGCCCAUCCGGAGCAUGACUCAAGAGAUUCUCCAUCGAUGCAAGAGAUCAACGGUGGUCUUUUCAUUAGUUCCCCUCACUACAUCGCCCCAAGUACAGCCCAUAUUCGAGCUAGCUCUUCGAAUAGCGGAAGAGAAACUUCAACCGAACUUGUGCCUACGGAAAGUCGGCCAUCUGUGAACGAUAUAGGCAACAGGCGUAAAGUGUACAAUACGCUACUGGUCGUUAGUAACUAUCUAGGCACGGCAUCACAGGAUCGAUUCGAUGAUUCCGAGUUCAAGCAUGGGAAAGCAAUCGACUUCCCUGAGAUCCCGGCGGAAGAUAAGCGAAACCCAGACCUAGCUCGAGUCAGAGAGGCCUAUAACCAUCAUCGAAACGAAGACGAGAGCUCUAGCAUACGGCCAAGAACAGGUAGCUUCGCCGGCAGUAUUGCCUCUAGAUACAGUAUCGAAGGUAGUCCGGCAAGGACACGAGCAAUAUCAGCUCCACACUCACCCUCGCCUAUAUCGCGAUCAUCAUCACAGUCACCUUCGACAGAUAGAGUCCAGCACUCGAAUACCUUACCAGCUGGCCAGGGCUCGUUCGACAUACAAUCUCAAGAGGCAUCGUCUUCUAUUGGGCAAACUAGAGGUAGACCAAGACAACGACGGGACACACUCGAGGUCCCAGUGGUUCAUCCUAAUUCUUCGCGGGCGAUGCAAACCCCUUCGCCAGUUGCAUCUACUACUACUAUAACUAAUAUCCAGGGCUCUCCUGCGAUUGUCAUAUCGCAUGAUCCUGAUACCGACUCCACCAUGGACGAUAUUCCUGCUCUAAACCCCCUUACCACUCGGCCGAGCGAGCCAGACCCAGUACCGCAACCGAAAGCCUCGCCCCCACCGUAAAAGGGGCGCUGUCUGGGGGAACGCUUAGAAAGCUCUUCUGUAUACCGACAAAAGAGUUAAACGUAUCAAUACUCCACAACUAUCUUGAUAGAUACCACCGAGACAUCGUAUAUAGAGAACGACCAGCGCUUCUCAAAUUACAGAAGACGGCCUGUGGAAAUUCUCAAGCCUCAGAUAUUAGAUUUCGCUUUCAUUUAUUCACAUACCAUAACCAUGGACUCCAUCCGUAUUACGAAUUAUGUAAGUGGCCUCAACUAGGUAGGCAGUUUACGACCAUAAUGACGAGAAGAGUAUAUUGGAAUGUAAUAUUAUAUUGUAUAUAAACGGCACCUUUGCGUGGCGUUUUGGACAUUUUGCCCGUUUGGACGGAAAUACAGUACGCUGGCCCUAAGGAUAGGAGUAAAGAUAUAUAUUAGGUAUUAAUUUAAAUGGGCUUGUUAACAAGUCUUGCUAAUGUAGUAAAUUUACAAUCCCGAGCUUCUAAUAGCGCAUACAGUUUUACCCCCUAUUAAUCCAAACUG